AUGAUUUGCACGCCGAACGAUCAGCAUCUUACGAUCCAGCUUUAUGGAGCCACACCAUCUACACACGUUCAUGUGUUGUUCAAGUCGUUCUACGAGAGUUUGAUGCUUGGCAAUCACAUCCGAGAUCUGAACAAUCUUUCCUAUGCGCGAAUUAAGCUAGAUCCCGUUUCUUCUCUUAUCGUGAAUGAUUGUAAACUUCCAGAAGAGUACGACUACAUCCAGGGACGAAAGCGAGCGAAUCGAACGCUGCCUGGCAACAUGCUGCCUCCUCCUGGAUUGCUGAUGAAUCCGAUCAAAGUGGAUGAAACGACGACGAAAGCGAAGGAGGCAUUGGCUGGAACGAACUUUGCAGAAAAGCAUGAAGAACGUCCAGGAGCCUGCGUUUCCAAGACACGAGAUGAGUUGGAUGUUGCUCCGAAGGAUAUGAAACAGCGCGAUAGUCGUGAGACGAUCCGUGUGUUUUCUCGUUUGCUGCCGAACAUCCAAAUGGUAGAUGGAAAAGCAGAAAUCGAUCUGAGCGAUUACAAGGAGAAUGGAUGCGAGGUUGAAGUGGUUGCAGUGGAUGAAGGCCGCUUCUUGGACACUGUGUUGUUCGAUUCUGGGAGCGAGGAUGACCGUGUUUCACUGAUGGUUCAGCAGCAAGAGCUGGAGGAAUCGCUGGAUCCCUCGAAGAAUUACACGGAGGAGAAGCGGAUAUCGGUAGUAACGGCGGAGGAACCGUUGUCGAUUGACAGCAAGUCAGAGAUGCAAGUGUUGGCGUCUCUAGAGGAUGUAUGGCUGCUUUUGAAGGUGUUGUUGGACGAUUCAAGGCUACAGCAAUUCUCGUUCCUUUUUUCGUGGGACAGAAUGAACGAAAAGGAAAAGAUGCGAUUGUACAACAAGUAA